CGGCGGCGGCGGCGGCGGUGGCACUGGCACUGGUACUGGCACCGACCUUGAGAACCAUGCAGACGGGCAGCCCGGAGAGGCGGCAGGCGGCCGGGUGGGAGGCGGCGGCGGAGGCAGCGAUGAAACAGGUCCGCGUUGACACGGGCGCGGCCGGGGAGCCCGAGCACAAGGCCGGGGAGGAGCAGCCCAAGGACCCGGCGCCGGCACAACCCCGCGCGGCCGAGGAGGGGGACGCCCGCGACCCCCCGCGGCAGCCGCCCACGCUGUCCCCGUCCAAGCAGGCGCCCGCGCGGGUCGUCUGCGCCCACGGCAAACCCAGGAGCAAGGGCCGAUGCUGCAAGCGGAGCUCCGGCCGCCGUUGCGAGGACUUGCGCUCUCGGAGGCCGGUUACCGUGGACAGCUCCAAGGCCAGGACCUCCCUGGACGCCCUGAAGAUCAGCAUCCGCCAGCUCAAGUGGAAGGAGUUCCCAUUUGGCCGACGCUUGCCUUGUGAUAUCUACUGGCAUGGAGUUUCAUUUCACGACAAUGACAUAUUCUCAGGUCAAGUGAACAAGUUUCCAGGCAUGACGGAGAUGGUGCGUAAAAUUACUCUGAGCAGAGCAGUGAGAAUCAUGCAGGAUCUCUUUCCUGAGGAGUACAACUUCUACCCUCGCUCAUGGAUUCUGCCUGACGAGUUCCAGCUCUUUGUUGCUCAGGUUCGCAUGGUGAAAGAUGGUGAUCCCACCUGGAAGCCCACUUUUAUUGUAAAACCUGAUGGUGGUUGUCAGGGUGACGGAAUCUACCUCAUUAAAGACCCCAGUGAUAUCCGCCUGGCAGGGACCCUCCAGAGCAGGCCAGCUGUGGUCCAGGAGUACAUCUGCAAACCUCUCCUUAUUGACAAGCUGAAGUUUGAUAUUCGUCUGUAUGUCUUACUAAAGUCCUUAGACCCCUUAGAGAUUUAUAUAGCCAAAGAUGGACUCUCUAGAUUUUGUACAGAGCCAUAUCAGGAGCCCAACCCCAAAAAUCUGCACCACAUCUUUAUGCACUUAACCAACUAUUCACUGAACAUCCACAGUGGUAACUUCAUCCAUUCAGACAGUGUUAACACAGGCAGCAAAAGGACUUUUUCUAGCAUUCUUGGUAGGUUGUCUUCCAAAGGUGUUGACAUCAAGAAGGUCUGGUCUGAUAUCAUCUCCUUGGUGAUUAAGACUGUCAUUGCCCUGACUCCAGAACUCAAAGUUUUCUACCAGUCGGACAUCCCAGCAGGGAGGCCGGGGCCCACGUGCUUCCAGAUUUUAGGCUUUGACAUUCUCCUAAUGAAAAAUCUGAAGCCUAUACUACUUGAAGUAAAUGCAAAUCCCAGCAUGAGAAUCGAACAUGAGCAAGAACUUUCUCCAGGUGUGUUUGAAAAUGUCCCCAGCCUUGUGGAUGAAGAAGUGAAAGUGGCUGUGAUCAGAGACACACUGCGCCUCAUGGACCCACUUAAGAAGAAAAGAGAGAACCAACUGAAGAAAAAAGCGGACGCCCUGAACUCGGCUCACGAUACUGCCCUGGAAAGGUCUCGGCAGCUUGGAAAGCCAUUAACUGGCAAGGAAGAUCCAGUGGAGAGUGCGAUUGCCAUCCCCCCAGACUCCAGCACCAAUUCGGAAGCCCACCUGCCCUCCAUUUGCCUCAAGCAGGUGUUCCCGAAGUAUGCAAAGCAGUUCAACUACCUGCGCCUGGUGGACAGGAUGGCAAAUUUGUUUAUCCGGUUCCUGGGAAUCAAGGGAACAAUGAAGUUGGGACCAACAGGCUUUCGAACAUUCAUAAGGAACUGCAGACUCAGCAGCAGCAGCUUGUCCAUGGCUGCGGUGGAUAUUCUCUACAUCGACAUCACAAGGAGAUGGAACUCCAUGACCCUGGACCAGCGGGACUCAGGAAUGUGUCUGCAGGCGUUCAUAGAGGCUUUCUUUUAUCUGGCUCAGAAGAAGUUCAAGAUGCUGCCACUCCACGAGCAGGUGGCCUCCCUGAUCGACCUGUGUGAAUACCACCUGUCUCUGCUGGACGAGAAGCGCCUGGUGUGUGGCCGGCGUGGCACGUCAGGGGACCGGCCACCUUACAGCGGUACACCCCAGGAGGCUGCCCCCUUCGCCCAGCCAGCGGACGGCGUCCCCCAGCCCCACGCCGGCAGUGCCAGUAAGCCCUCCCUUUACAGACGCCCUCUGUCCUGAGGGCCAUUCUGUCCUCCCAGAAGGAGAGUGAGGCCUUCAGGACUGAAACGAACCGCUUGGGCUUCUUGCCUGUGGAGAAUUCCCGUCUGUAAUUCCCAUUAAUUGUCUCUGCGUUCUACUGAGCUCCGCUUGGAAAGGCUGACUGCUUCUCGCCCGCCUUCCCUCCAGCGCCUCCUGCCGAGCCACCCUGUUGCUAUUCGUCAGUGGACAUAUGACAUCUAAAACGUGACAGAUGGCAUCUCCUAUUCUGGGCUCACAGGAAGCAACAACCAGGGCAAAACUGUUGUGUUUGGGGCAUGUGUCACAAACAAUCCCGGGACUAAGAGCCGUGGAGGGGAAGGAACUCAAGACAGUGGCAUCUUGGGUUUGCAGGGGACUCCACGAGACUCCCCCUGAGAGCCCAGGAACACCGAGUUAGUUUCCUACCACCCGUUGUGUGGAAAUGAGGUGCAGGCAUCAAGCAGGCCUUCGUGAAUCCCCCAUCCCAAUCAUGUGCUAUGUGGGUGCAGUUACCAGAUUAGCCUCAUUUAUUUCAUUAGAUUGCCUGUUGCUACAUGUUCAGUUUAUUAUUAAUUAUGAAAUAAUUACAAAGUAACUAAGCAAGGCUCCUAGAGCCUCAGAGCUGGCAGGCGCCUCAGAGGUCAUUUUGUUUGAUUUUGUUUGACUAUGACCCCAAAGUGGGAAUCCUGACUUUGACCUCCCUGACCCAAGGUUGUCUGACCUCUGAUUGGACAUCUCCACAGAUGGAGGGCUCCCCGUGUGUCACGUCGAUACACACAAGCACUGCCAGAAGGCCACUGUGCACCAAGCACUGGGCUAGGUACCCCCAGCAGGUCGAGGGGGCUUCCAAAGGGAGGAAGUUGAGAUCUGGAUAAGGAUGAAGGAAAGCUGGAGUAUAGCUGUCAAAACUUCAAGUGUCACAGCUCCAAGGGACCCUCCAUCUACGCCCCACAGCUGGGUGCCCAGGCAGCCCCUUCUCAGAGAGGAAGCCUUAGAGGCAGCCAAAGGUAGCAUUUUGGUAAAUGGCUGCGGACAAGCCAGUGUCCAGGGUCCUUUGACAAGGCAGACAGGAGCCAAGCUCUCCAGAGUGUUUUUGGGGUUUGGGGUUGAUGUGGCCCUUUCUGGGGCCCUGCAAAGAGCUGAUCAUCACAUUCAGAGGGGAGAGGAGAGGUCUUGGAGGGCACUAGCACAAUGCCUGGCACACAGUAACACAGUAGGACUCAGAAAAUGCUUGCAAAUGCAGGGCAAGGGGGAGGGUUAAGGGACGGCGGAAGUUUGUCCUAGACAAGUACGUGUGUCUUCCUUCUCCUACUUUCUUUCUUACCUUCUUCCUUCCUUCUAAUACCCUCUCCCAUCUCCUGAUCCAUACAUCUUUUUCACUCAAACUGAUGAGAACAGUUGACUCAAGAUUUAACACAGAGCCUGCUCAGAAUGUAUCUGUUGAAAUGAAUCUGUUGGCUUCACCCUCACAGGAGUGUUUAUAUACCCAAAGAGAAGGCUGUUAAUCCAAGGUCUCUCUGUUUGUUGGUGAGUUACUGUAGAGCAGAGGUUCCUCUGUUAUUCCUUAUCGGAACCUCCUUUUCAGCAGAAGCCCACUAUCUCAAGGAGUGAAAUCUGUUUGCCACUUGCAGAACAGCUACUGUGCAAUGCCGCGUCUCCCCUACUCCUUGGGGCACAGGGCUGCACUUCCAGGCUGAGAGAGCUCCGGUUACCCGUCCCUCUGAGCCCAUUCUGGUCUGACCAAUGACAGGGUGAACUCAUAAUGACCUUAUUUUCCCAAGCAAAAAGGAAGUCUAAAAUUGGGAAGGGCAUGAGGAACCCGAUGUGCGUCCCACAGACAGAUACUUCUGAGACGUCAGUAGCUCAGUUCUCCACUUGCCUUGGGCAGUUCGUAAUGUUGUUCCCACUUUCAGAUGAGGAAAAGAAGGCCUGGGAGGUCAUGUGGUAGGGUCACGGCUCGGUCCGGGUCUGUGGGUUGACUCCAGAGCACUGUCUCCUCUUGGUGGCUGGGUGAGCUUCUGCUAGGCUGCCCCUCUGAGAAUCCAGCUCCAAGUGCAAACCCCUGGAGGGCCUGUCUGUUCUGGGGCUGGCUAGGGCUCUCAGGUCCCAUCCCACUGUCUCACAGUCCAUCUGGCAUGAGGCAAGAAAAUUAAUGUUCACAAAUGGUCCACUGCUAGGAAACAGGGUGGGAGGACUCGUGCCUACUCUUUCAGUCCCCUUUGCCAUAGCAAAUGGAGUUCACAGUGAAAGACCCAGAAAACGUAACCCGGCAUAUUUGUUAUCAGCUGGGAGCAGCCAAGAGUCUUUUAAACAAAGAUCUAACAUUAUACCAUUUCUUGAAGUUGGUUUUCAGAAAGCAUUUGCUUGCCAAAAUGGGAUGCAGUUUUUUAGGUCUAAAACCAACCAAGCACAUUGAAUUAAAAAAAAAAAAAAUUGUAUCAAUAGGUUCAAUUCCAGCCACAUAAUUUGGAGUGAUAUAAAACCGUUACUUUUUCAUAACAAGGAAUGUUCUCUCUCCACCCCAUGCUUUGCAGGCUGUGGUCACUGUCACUUAAGGUGACCCUUUCUCCUAGAAGGAUUUCCUCCUCUGCAGACACCUCUGGAGGGCACAGAACCUGGCAGGGACUGUUAGGGAAAUGAGGUUGCCAUUUCAUAAGAGACCAGUGAUAAAUUUGGCUCUUGUUUCUCAACGCUGUUGAACAGGAAGAAUUUAGAGGCUGCUCCAUUAUCGGGAUGAGCAAGAGGAGACUAGUCCCAGGUCCUGGGUUCCUAACAGGAAGCCCAGGUGUUUACUUCUUUUGCUGAUGGGCCCCUCAUGUGACAAGCGUGUAACUGAUGUGAUUGCAAAGCAGACAUUUCCUUCCUCCUAGAAGACAGAAAGAGCCGGGGGUGCCCAGACCCAGAGGCUCCUCCACGUGGGGCUCAGGCCCCUGGGUGUUGCCUGUGGCUAAGUCUGUUCCUUCCAUUCACCCCCAGGACCGGUCCCCAGCCUCUUCUCCCCCACUCCCUCCCAGUACACACCCAUGUUCCAGCCUCGCUGGCCCUCUCCCUAUUCCACUGGCUUAGUUCCGGGAGAGCCAGGCACUCCAAGAGGGUUGAAAGAAUUGAUGAGAAGAUAAUUAGUCUUAGUCUGUUCUCAGUUGGGGGUUGUGCAUGGAUGAAUGGCAGGCAGGGUAAUGGGGCCAGCCCGGGAAGGAAACUUCUUCCAGAGAGCUGGGCCAUGGGCGCUCAACCCACCCUUUCCCGCCAUGCCUGUCUUGCCCCUUCUGCUGUGCCCCUUACUUGGACUGAGGAGCCCACAAGCACUAGACAUCUUCCUUACCACUUCCACCCUGACCUCGCCUGCUCCCUUCCUUCUGGGCCUUCCAGGGGCCAGGCCAAUAUGCUCAGCAGUUUCUCUGUUGUUACGGGCCCAGGGGUCUGGCGAGGAUGGAGGGCAGUAUGUGUUCAACUUAGUGCGGUUGUUAACAAGUGAUGUGCAAAAGGCCCUUUCCUGUAUGCAGAGGCAGGAGCCCCCCUCCACUCCCAGAGCAAGCCUCCUUGACCUCUCUUGCUAACUGUCUAGGCUCCUGUCCACUCUCCCUAGCUCAGACCUCCUUGUUCCUCACCCGACUUCAUCAGUCUCCCUGCCUCCAAGCCCCUCCUAUCAGCCUGGAAGGAACUUGGAAAACCAUGGAGCUGACCACGCUUCCCUGCUCAAACCAGCCCUCAUCUCUUCCUGUAUAAAGUCCAAGCUCCUCAAUCUAACAUUCAAGGUCCUUACAGUCAGGUCUGUUUCUUUCUUUCUACCCUAAAAUCCACACCUGGCCCACACCCCUCCCGGGCCAGCCUCUGCAGUGCCCGCUGCUCCCUGGCCGCCAACUCUGUGCUCACACUGCUCUUGGAGUUGAUUAUUGCACAGGAAGAGAAUGUGUUUUUUCCCUCCCCAGCGGGAGGUCUGCAGGGCACAGACCCACUCUGUACAGUCCCUUCCUCACUCUUGCUGUUUCCCUACUAGAUUGCCCUUCUCCCCUUCAUCCAAUGGCAAACUCAUCUUUCAAGUUUCAGCUCAACUAUCUCCACCGCAUUCCCACAAACAGAAUGACUUGCUUCCUGCUUCUGAGGCCUCUAGAGCUCCUUUAUCAUCACACCUACCCUGUGUUAUUAUGGCAUUUGCUCCCACCAAGCUGUGAAUUCUUUCAGAGUCAUGCAUGUGCAGGGUCCAUGUCGGCCCUUCCAGCAGAGAGCAGGGGACCCGCAGAUGCUUGUUGAAAUAAUAUGAAUGUUCAGCAGCCCCAGGUGAGGAGACGGCGUUAAGAUGCUCACUCUCUGCUUAGCCUGCGGAUGCCCUUAAGAAUCAUGGUUUUGGAUGUCUUGCCAAGCCGAUGCCCCAGACGUGGCCAUAUCUCCAGCUGGCUUGUUCUCUCCCCAGGGCACGGUGCUGCCCCAUGGCCCUGAGUGAACAAGGGCUUCCUCUGACUCUGGGCAGCUCCCUCCAUGUCCCUCUGUGUGCCAGCAUGGGUCCUGGCUGCAUCCCCAUGUCAUUCAGCCUUGGAGACAAGGACUGCCAGGUUGGACUGUCCUCACCACUCCUUCCAAUCAGCCCACCCAGCCUGUCUCUUCAACUUGACAUCAGCCAGCAUCUGUGUAGGGUUGUUUAAUUCCGAAUAGGUAAUCCUGAUGUAAAUGCAGAUAGCUGGGGGUAGGAAUAAUCCCUAUUGGGUAGGAGCCCAGCAAUUUGGAAUGGUGUUCCCUGCCUUUCUAGAACCAACUCUCUGUCCAACAUGAAUGUAGCAACAUCUGUUUAAUGCUUUCCAGUUUACAAAGUACUUCUUCAUACAACCUCUGAUCCUCCCAGCAACCCACAAAGGACGAGGAUUCUCAUCACCCUCUUUUCGCAGAUGGGGGAAUUGACACCCAGGAGGUUAAGUGACUUGUCCAAGGUCUCAUGGCUGGUAAAGGCAGAGCUGGGACCUAUACAAAGGACCUUUGGCUCCAAAUCCCAUGCUCCUUCCCUGGCACCUUCACUGCCUCAAUGCUCCCAACAGCCCAAAGGGGAGAAUUUUUGGUCCCCAUUUUACAGACUUGGAAACUCACAUCUCAGAGAGGCUGGAUGGCUGCUCAGCAAGUCCCUGGAGGAUCUGGGGACUUAACUUGGGGCGUCUGACCUGCUGUUCUCCCACUGGUGCCUGAGGAGCGCUCCAAGGGCCACUUACAAUCUCAAGUGCUCCAAGCUCCUCUGCCACACAAGUAGGGGUGAAAAGCCCUUUCUUUCACUGGAUCAAUGGGAACUUAAGAUGCAGUGAUGUAAAGCAUAAUGUAUGUGAAAAUAUUGUAGAAACGGAAGUGCUGCUCAAAUGUUGUGUGAUCUUUAGACUGGCUCUAGUUUCCUAAAAAGUGUAGAGAUGAAGGUAAAAUCCCUUUUUGAAUGCUGUUACCCAUCAAGACAAAUGAAGGGGUCAUCUCCUAUCCCGCUCCACCUCCCCUCCAUUCUCACAUAUCUGAAGACAAUCCCAGGCUGAAAAAUGGCUCCUGCCACUCCUCUGACACUUGGAAUUUGCCUUGUGAUUGGCAGUGUUACUCCAGUAGCUUAAGUUUUUUUUUUUUUUCUUUCAUUUCUUGAUUAAUGUCUUACACUCCUUGUCUUACAAGUGAGAAUUCGGUUUGCAACGAUCAGCAUUUGAGCACCUUCCCUCGAAGCUCAGAAAUGAUAUCUCCCAUCAGCGAGCCGGUAUUCCCAGCGACUGAGAGAGCUGUCUUCCUCUUUCACCGAGAUAAAUUAAACACAAUGUAUAUAAACCUAAAACCCACCUUGCCUUGAUUGAUAUUUUUGCCAAUCAUCUAUUUGUUUUGAUGAAUGCCAGAGAAAUUUUCCCAUAUGGCAUAUGAAUUUCUCCCUCACAAAAUAAGUCCAAUUUUUUCAAUUCCUGGAGACAAAGGAACUUUGCAGAACAAUCAGGAUGUUCAAUUACCUCCAUCUCUAGUAACCAAAAGUCCUAACUUUUACAUUACUGGAAAAACCCAUGUAGCAUAAUGCUCUCCCCUCGCCCCUCACACACACACACACACACACACACACACACACACACACACACACACACACAAGUACCGUUGAGUUUUGAAAUAAAAUGGCCCAAUUACUGAUGUUUUCCCCAUUGCUGGCCAUUUGUGUUUGAAUCUUAUUUAGAAAACAGAGUAAAAAAGAGCUCUCUGCAGCCCUGGGGUAACAUAAUGCACACACCAAUUGGCUCAUGGGAAAUCUUUCCUCCAAUGUGAAGUCAGUGUUUGCUAAGAUUCCAACCAGGACUGGGGGGCUUGGGCCGGGGGGACACUGUCUGCUCCUCACCACGGCUCCCCCAGGCCCUCCUCAGGCUACUGAAACAAGGGAAGGAGCGGCCACUAAAGAACCCAAGUGGGCAUGUUUCCCCUUCAGAACUUCUUGCAUCAGAUCUGGGGAGACAAAGACAGACUCCCAGAGGAGACUGGGAGCUGUCGCAGAGAGAGCAAGGGCUUUGGAGUCAGCCCUGGGUCUGGGUUUUGCUGUCUGUCCAUCUCUAGCUAAGUGACCAUGGACGAGUCACUUCCCCUCUCUGAUCCCUGAUCCUCGGCUGUAAAAUGGAGAUCGGGUCAUAAUGUCUGUAAAGAGCCUGGUACGGUUGGUGGUACCUGGGCAGUGUCUUAAUAUCUGUUGACAAAAGGAGUGGUCCCAAGAUGCUGAAACAGGAUGAAUGACGGUGAACAGUCUGCCCACUGGACGCCCCUGCCACAAAGGCUCCUCACAACGUGGCCUGUGAGAGGCCCCCGUGCUCCAUCCCUCCUCCCUCUAGGCUGGGCUCUGUGGUUGCCGCCAGGCUGCAGGGCCUGCCGCUUAAGAGCCUUUAAAGAUUCUUUAUUAAAUUUUCAUGGCACAUAAAGUCAAGGUUCUGUUACUUGGCCUCAGUUGUCUUGGUAACUUCGUAAAAUGCAAUAAUAAAACAAAGCUGAAUGUUGCUAAACACAGGCUCAUUGUACAAACGGCUGCAACUUAUUGGCUAUUGCUUCUGCAUGAUAAUUUCUGACAGCAGAUCCACCGGGGUAGACAAUGCUUAUUCAUUUUGGGUCAAUUGGUGAGAAAAAGCUUCCUUUUCAAACCCCUCCCCACCCCACCCCCCACCCCCAUGUUUAAUACUUGUCCGGGAAGCUAGAUACUUCCUUGAGGAAGCUGUGGGAUCCUGGGGGAGAUGGAGGAGUUUGGAAAAUUCUCCAACACUUGUUCUGCUGGGGGACCCUCUCCCUUAGGGAAGGAGUGACCCAUUCCUAGAGUUUGGCCACUGGUCCGAGACUCUGGCGGUGACUCCUGCCCUGGGAGCGAGGGUGGCCCCUCCCAGCAAGGCAGGUGUGGUAGUCUCUGCAUGCUGGGGAGGUGUGCAUCCCAAGUGUGACCCGCACAAGGACAGCUCCAGGCCGGGCACCUCGCUAGAAAGCUGAAUGGCUCAAGCUGCCUCCCAGAAGUGAUUCCGCAGCCACUGGCACACCUGGUGGCUCUGUUCCCGGGAACAGAGUUCUCACCCCACCCUAGCACCCUCUCUCACUUUGACCCAUCAAUAGCAGCGUACGUCUGCUACAAAUAUUUCCCAGACUGUGGACCACCCAGUGGAAAGUGUAAAACAGAUGGUCUUGAGUUAAAAAUAAAGUGAGAUCACUGCUCCCUGGAAAUCAACACCACCCGAUGGCAUCCAGAGCGUUCAUUUUGCAAAGCCCCUCACCAGAGUGAGAAGCCACCAGGCA